UUCUUUCUUUUAUUAAAAAAUAAUUAUCAUUCUUGAACCCUUGCUUUCUUUUCUUGAGUGUUUUAUAUAGAAAGAGAAAUAGCGAUACCCAAUAGAUAGAUAGAAAUAGAUGGCAGGCAAAGAGGAAGUGAAGCAUAUUGAGGAGUGUUCUGUUGCCAACGCUCUUGGCACUUGGGUCUUCUCUGUCGCUGGUGCUUUGAUUGCUAUACCCGUUGGUAUAAAACGGAAAUCUUUGGCACCCCUAGUGUUCUUUGGUACCACAGGCACCAUGGUGGAUAUAAUGCUGGGGAUCAGUGCCUGUGAAAGGGAGCAUGCAGAACGGCAACAGAAACUUCUGGAAGAACAGAAUGCUACAGCUACCGGUACUUUAGCAGAUGUUGUAACUGAGUCUUGAGUCUUGACCCGCCAAAUGCAACUGCUGGUUAUCGAGUCCUAAUGUGCUCUUUCCACAACAUAUUUUAUCAGUUCAAAUCAUCUUCUGCUUUGCCUAAUACAUCAAUAAAUUACAUUAGAGUCCUCAGUUUGGGGUGAAUUUUAUGAUAACCGUUUUUAUCAUUA